UGCCCCCCUGAAGAACACCACACACCCCUUGACUCCUGCUGCCCCGUUUGUGACGGUACACGCUCAACCCUACCCCCUUUUUGUACACCUUAAACACCCAACCUUAACCUCGAAACCCUGUGUCAUCAAGUGUGUGUGUUUUUCUUUCAGAGUGUGUUAUUGAGGGUGAGAAAAGGCGUGUGUCUAAUGGUGAGAGCUGGACAGACAGUGAGGAUGAGUGUGUCACAUGCACCUGUAAUGUAAGUUACACAAACACACACAAAUGCACACGCACGCUAACGCACUCACAGAAUGGCACAAAUGGCACAAAUUUCCAUUGUUGUAUGUGUGUGUAUUCUAGCUGGGUUACAUUGAGUGCAGUAUAGAGGAGUGUGUUCCUGUGGAGUGUGAGCAGGGCCUGGUCAGAAUGAAGACUCCUGGAAAAUGCUGUUACGAAUGCCAAGGUACAACUUCUACAGUACUCGCUAACCAAUAUAAAUAACUACGCAAUAUCACCACUACACAGCUAAACUGUUAAUAUACCACUACAUAAUGUGUGUGUGUUUCAGACUCGGGGGUUCAGUGUGUGUACCAGGGCUCUGUGUACCAGUCUAAUGAACAGUGGGAAGUGGAUGAGUGUACCAGCUGUACCUGUGUGUUUGGAGAUGUACACUGUUACAGCCAACGCUGUCCUCCACUAGGCUGUGCAGCAGUAAGUAUAAAUAUAAUAAAUAUAAAAAUAUAUAAGUAUAACACACACUUGACUCUCAGUGUUCUGUCUGGUCUCUCAGUGUUCCAUCUAGUCUCUCAGUGUUCAGUCUGGUCUCUGUGUUGCGUCUGACUCUGUGUUCCAUCUGGUCUUUCAGUGUUCUGUCUGGUCUCUCAGUGUUCCGUCUGGUCUCUCAGUGUUCCAUCUGACUCUGUGUUCCAUCUGGUCUUUCAGUGUUCCGUCUGGCCUCUCAGUGUUCCGUCUAGCCUCUCAGCGUUCCAUCUGGUCUCAGUGUUUUCUGUCUGGUCUUUCAGUGUUCUGUCUAACUCUGUGUUCCGUUUGACUCGUGUGUGACAGGAUGAGGCUCCUGCUGUGAUCCCAGGUGUGUGUUGUCCCCACUGCAUACCACGGCCAGCCACCUGCGUAGUGUUUGGGGAUCCCCACUACAGGACCUUCGAUGGCCGCAUGCUCCACUUCCAGGGGGCCUGUACUUACAUACUGUCCCAGGACUGUGACGGAGGGGACUUUAGGUAUAAAGCAAGGUUUUUUCUAUUAACAAGAUUUAUGUCAAGCAAGGUUUGGUAUUCGUUGAUUCGUUGAUUUGAACUAAUUUGUGUACACCUGUGCGCGUCCAGUAUCCAUGCGACCAAUGAUGACCGUGGUCGAAAGGGAGUGUCCUGGACCAAAGAGGUGACUGUUUUCAUAGGAGAUGUGGUGGUGCAGCUACUCCAGGACUGGGUCGUUAGGGUGAGUGGGUUUCUGGUUGUAGAUGUUCUAGCAGCGAGCCAAUCAGAGCAUGUGUAUAAGAGGUGAGAGCCAAUCUGAGCUGAGUUGUGUUUUUUAUUCCAGGUGGACUACAAGGUUGUCACCCUGCCUUUCCUCAAGGAACCAUACAUCUACCUGGAGCGCCAGACAAAUACCAUCCUACUCAACACUAAUAUAGGACUAAAGGUACUAAAACUACCGUAUCUAUUUACUCUUAGUUGUCUAAACCCUUACCUGUGUUAACUCUUACAUGUCUGAACUCCUCAGGUGUUGUGGAGUGGGCGGUCCCACCUGGAAGUGAGUGUUCCGGGUUCGUAUAAAGGUCACACCUGUGGUCUCUGUGGCAACUUCAACAACUACCCCCAGGACGACCUACGAACCCCUGCAGGAAAAGUCAGUCAAUCAGAGGCGGACUUUGGAAACAGCUGGAAGGUGAGUGAGUGUGUGUCUGUCUACUUUGUAGGUAAAGAGUGUUAACCACAACUCCUGUCAGCGCAGCCAUACACAGACAGACAGAGACCCUGGUAUCUCUAUUUCCCCCUGUAGGUGGGUAGUGGUAACAGCAGCCUGUCGUCCUGUCGGCCUGGGGAGGAUAUCGACCCCUGUAAGGCAGCAGGCUACCAGGCCAGGAAGUCGGCUAAUGCACGCUGCAGGUAACACACACACCAGACUUUUCAAAUACAUUAGCUGCGCUUGAGCUUGCCUGCUAGAAUGAUUGAUUGAUUGACCUUUGUUCCUCAGGGUUCUGAAGUCUGGGGUGUUCCAGGCCUGCCACCACCUGGUGGCUCCAGAGCCCUGGUACGCAGCGUGUGUCUAUGACCUGUGUGCCUGCGGAGCCAACGCUGACGAGUGUCUGUGUGAUUCCCUGGAGGCCUAUGCAGCACAGUGCAGAGAGGCUGGGGCUAGACUGUCCUGGAGGAGCUCCUCACUGUGUGGUAAAUACACACAAAACCACAGUAUAACACAUUAUUUUACCACAGUGAAGGGCCCCAUCUCUCUGUGUUGACAUAAUCUAUCCCUCCGUCCCUUCCUGCCCACCCUCCCCAUUUCUCUCUCUUUAUCUAGCGGUGGGCUGUCCAGUGGAGCGUGGUUUCGUGUUUGAUGAGUGUGGUCCCCCAUGUCCAGUGACCUGUGUUAACCGUGACGUGCCACUAGGGGUGAUAGAGAGCCACUGUUUUAAACCCUGUGUGCCCGGCUGCCAGUGUCCUGCUGGACUGGUACUACACAACAACCACUGUGUACCGCCAGAGACAUGCCCCAAGAUCAUACAUGGCAAGUCC